AUGAUGCGAUCGAGGAUAUUCGCCGAAAAAUCAAUUAGGUACAAGGAGGCGGUCGAAUUGGCUCUGGCUCUGGAGGCUGCUGAAAAACAUGCGGAGGUCAGCGGCACUACGGGAGCGUCUGUGGCGGUGACAGACUCAACGAUGGCGGUGGGAGAUAGCCUGCAUUAUGGCCGUAUACAGAGCGGCGGGCGCAGUACGGGGCACGGGCCGUCGGCCGGGCGCAGCGGCGGCGGAGGGGCGAGCGGCGCGGGCCGGGCAGGCCAGGCCGCGGCGGAGCAGCGCGCUUGCUGGCGCUGCGGCAAACCGCACCCUUCAGAUAGGUGCCGAGGCGGUCGUCAGAAUUACGUGAGUGAGGAAUCUGAGGAUGACAUGUUCAAUAUCAAAGUAGCAGCACAAGAUUAUGGGACUCCGAUAGUUCCUGUGGUGAAACAAAAUGGUGAAAUACGCAUAUGUGGUGACUAUAAGGUCACAAUCAACCCCAAACUGAAGCGAGAUUACUACCCGUUGCCUCGGAUUGACGAGUUGUUCGCAAACCUUAGCGGCGGAGAGAAAUUUUCUAAAAUCGAUCUUAGGCACGCGUAUGAACAAUGUUUAUUGACGAGUGAUUCACAGCGCUAUACCGCGAUAACUACACAUAUGGGUACUUUUGCUUACCGGCGCACGCCGUACGGACUAUCGUGCGUGCCAGAGAAAUUUCAGAAAAUAAUGGAGGAAACUCUGCGUGGGGUAGGCUGUGUUGUGUUUCUCGACGAUAUUUGUGUAACAGGGUCGAAUAAGAACGAACAUAUUAAAAAUCUGAGAGCUGUACUUGAACGGUUGCGCGACAUGGGCCUUACUGUUAAACUUAGUAAAUGUAGUUUUUUGCAAGACUCGGUUAAGUACUUAGGUUUUAUUAUCAAUAAGGAGGGGUUACGACCGGAUCCGAGUAAAUUAGACGCCAUUUCCAAUGCACCUAGACCAGAGAAUGUGACACAAUUAAAAAGUUUUUUAGGCAUGUUAAAUUAUUACGGACGCUUUAUUCCAAAUUUAAGCACAAUGUUACACCCGCUACACGCUCUGUUAAAAAAAGGGGUGGAUUGGAAAUGGAAUGUCGAUUGUGAAAAAUCGUUUGAGGAAGCGAAGCGAUGUCUCCUGAGCGAGAGAGUACUAGCACAUUACGAGGAGGGGCGCGAGUUGGUGCUGUCGGUGGACAGCAGCGCGUACGGCCUGGGUGCCGUGCUGGCUCAUCGCUACGCCGAAGGCGAGCGACCGAUCAGUUGCGUGUCGCGCACGCUCAACGCCGCGGAGCGCGGGUACAGUCAGCUUGAUAAGGAGGCCCUCGCCAUCAUUUUUGGGGUGACUAAGCAUCACCAGUAUUUAUUUGGGAGGAGGUUCACGUUGCGCACGGACCACCAGCCUCUGGUACACAUUUUUGGUGACAAGGGAGGGAUCCCGCAGACCGCGGCUAGCCGUUUACAGCGUUGGGCGGCUCGCCUCGCGGCGUAUGAUUUUAAAAUUGAAUUUGUUCGAUCAGUAGAUAACGGCCCGGCGGAUGCUUUGUCACGAUUACCCUUAGCUCGGGAGACUCGCUGCGCGGAUACAUUAGAUUACCUGAAUCUAGUCAAGGAAUCGCUGCCUAUUUCAUGUAAAGAAAUUGCUAGGGCCACGGAAGAGGACGCGAUCCUAUCUAAAAUAAAAGGUUAUGUUAUUUACGUAUAUUGGCCGAAUCUGGAUAGUGACAUUGAGACUUUGUGCCGAGCGUGCGACGCAUGCCGAGCCGUGCGCGACGCGCCGCCGCGGGCGCAGCUGCACGCGUGGGAGUUCCCGCUGCACCCGUGGCAGCGCGUGCAUGCCGAUUUUGCGGAUUGCGCUGGCGUGCGGUACUUCAUCCUAGUGGACGCACACUCAAAGUGGAUAGAGGUAGUGCCUAUGAGAGGCACCGACGCGGGGGCUACCACCGGAGUGUUACGACACAUCUUUGCGCGUUUCGGGCCACAAGGCAAUGGCGCGGCGGAAAACGCGGUAAAAACAGUAAAAAAAGCGAUAAAACGAGCGUUGCAUACAGGGGAGGACGUGAAUACGGCACUCGGCAAGUUCCUUUUACAAUAUCGCAAUUGUAAUCAUGCCACUACGGGCGUAUCGCCGGCGGUGGCCCUACAGGGCCGGCGCCUGCGCAGCCGGCUAGAUGCGCUGCGACCUGACCGCGCGGCGCACGUGCGCGCGCAGCAGGAGCGGCAAGCAGCCCGCGCCGGAGGUAGCCCGAGAAGCUUCACAGUCUAA